GUCAUGGUGGCCGUGCAGCAGGACGGCAGAGCCCUGAAGUUCGCAGCAGCUGCCCUGCAGCAGGAGAAGGAGGUGGUGCGCGCUUCCUGGCUGUCGCGCAUACUCGAAGACGGCACAAAGCUGCAAUAUGCCCCGGAGGACCUCCGCGGCGACCGGGAGUUCCUGCUGGACGCGGUCAGGGCCACCAAGGCCCCCUGGCUCGUCCAGCUGGCCUCGAAGGCGCUGCAAGAAGAUGCGGAGCUGGUGGACCAGGUGAAGCGCGAGGCCGGCACAGGCCUCGUCUUCACCUGGUACCACAGCUUCGACUGCUUCGCGAACAUGCGGAAGGUCAUCGUGGCCACGGGGGCCUCGGUCCCAGGCGGCGAGGCGUAUGCAGAAGUCAUGAAGAAAUUGAACGCGACUGGGGGCGGAUCAGCCACUGUGUGGUUCGACACCGUCCCGGUCUGGGGCUUUCAGGCCAACGGCGGCAAGUGGCGCCAUCCGCCCACCGACUGUGGACGCAACGAUGUCUCGGUGCCGCCGCCGGAGGGACGUGACCCGAUGUGGGACUCCCUCGUGGAGUCCCGGGUCUCGAGGGAGGCACCGGCAGUUGGCUCAAAGCACCCGUGCUGGUGCUGCCACUGGCUCCGCGCCGUCCGGAAGAAAGUGGACGAAGGUGCCAUUAUCUGCUGCGUGGUAUCGAACAUCUACAAUGCAGAGUGGGUGAAAAAGUACCACGCGGGCUCGUCUGAAGUGUCAGACGCCGUGGCGGACCAGUACAAACUCAAGCGGGAGUGGUUUCGGAACGGGCGGCCUCCCAAUUGGGGCGAAGGCGAGAUCGAAAUUCACGGCCACGAUGAUGACGAUGAUGAUGGAAUUCAACGGUUCUCCCGGGUGGCACCUGUGCACCCUCACACCCAAUUGCCACUGGGUGAGGGAUGUCGUUGGGAGCGCGAAGCGCUUGACAACCUUGACUGCACGGUCAUGGCCUUUUUUAUGCCCUGAAGGGGCUGGCCAAAAGACCUCAGAUUUUCUUCUGACA